AACGCGGCAAUUCAUUCGACCCUUCCUGCGUCCGGAGUGUAGUCGAGCAGCAGCUACAAGUGAUUUGGGUGAAACAUGGCAGGCUACUUGAAGGUCCUCAGCUCUCUUUCAAAGAGUGCUGCAUCGCUGUCUAAAAACCCAGCCGUUCUUGCGCCUGCAACUUGCCAGAGUUUGCAACAGAGAAACUAUGCCGACAAACGCAUCAAGGUUGCCCAGCCGGUGGUGGAGAUGGACGGUGAUGAGAUGACCAGGAUCAUCUGGGAGUUCAUCAAGGAGAAGCUUAUCCUCUCCAACGUUGCCGUGGAUCUGAAGUACUAUGACCUCGGUCUUCCCUACCGUGACCAGACCAAUGACCAAGUCACCAUUGACUCUGCGUUGGCCACCCAGAAAUACCAUGUUGCUGUUAAAUGUGCCACCAUCACUCCUGACGAAGCUAGGGUCGAAGAAUUCAAACUCAAGAAGAUGUGGAAGAGCCCCAAUGGAACCAUCAGGAACAUCCUGGGCGGCACAGUCUUCCGUGAGCCAAUCAUUUGCAAGAACAUUCCCAGACUUGUUCCUGGUUGGACGCAGGCCAUGACCAUCGGCAGGCAUGCCUUCGGCGACCAGUACAAAGCAACAGACUUUGUCGUCACCAAACCAGGCCAGUUCAAGAUGGUCUUCACUCCUACUGAUGGCAGCAAAGGACAGGAGUGGGAGGUGUACAACUUCCCCGGUGGCGGCUGUGGAAUGGGCAUGUACAACACUGACGAGUCCAUCAGUGGCUUUGCCCACAGCUGCUUCCAGUAUGCCAUCCAGAAGAAGUGGCCCCUCUACAUGAGCACCAAGAACACCAUCCUCAAAGCCUAUGAUGGCCGCUUCAAGGACAUCUUCCAGGACAUCUUUGAGAAGAAUUACAAGCCCGAGUUUGACAAGCUGAAGAUCUGGUAUGAGCACAGGCUCAUCGACGACAUGGUGGCCCAGGUGCUGAAGUCGUCCGGUGCCUUUGUGUGGGCCUGCAAGAACUAUGACGGAGACGUGCAGUCUGACAUCCUGGCUCAGGGCUUUGGCUCUCUGGGCCUGAUGACCUCUGUGCUGGUGUGCCCUGAUGGAAAGACCAUUGAGGCUGAGGCUGCCCAUGGCACAGUCACCAGGCAUUACCGUGAGCACCAGAAGGGAAGACCAACCAGCACCAACCCCAUCGCUAGCAUCUUCGCCUGGACCAGGGGCCUGGAGCACCGUGGCAAACUCGACGGAACCCCCGACCUCAUCAAGUUCUCCCAGACGCUUGAGAAGGUCUGCGUCGACACCGUUGAGAGCGGCGUGAUGACCAAGGAUCUUGCUGGCUGCAUUCAUGGUCUCGCCAAUUGCAAGCUGAAUGAGCAUUACGUGAACACCACAGACUUCCUGGACGCCAUCAGAAGCAACCUGGACAAGGCACUGGGCAAAUGAAGGAAUCUCCGAGGAUCAUGAGCCAGACAAGGAAUGACGGCGGUGUCAUUUUCAUUUCAUGUUUUGUACCUCAUUUUAAACUUAAAAGGUCAUGAAAACCACAUACAUUAUGUGCUGAAGGGAGUAAAACAAGAAGAAAAAAUGACUAAUCAGUAGUGUGUUGUGAAGAGAAAAAGUCCUGCUGUUUUCAACCAUCAAGUGACGAUCAUUUGCCCUUCCCUGGAUUUCCAAGGUUCUUUAUUUUUGUAAGAUGAAGUACUGUAUCGUCUCCUCAUACUGUAUAUUGCCAUGAACCAUUUUAUGGGCCUUUUCAAAAAUGCUCUAAUAAAUCUUCUUAGAUGUUUGGAUCUA